UGUAGAAUGACCGGUUGGCAGCCAGCAUCCUUGCGUGCAACUCAGCUUCCAUGCUAUUGUCGUUGUUGACCUUUGACCCAAGAUAGGUGAAUUGUGGGACGACUUCAAACGUGCGUUCACCUAUCUGUACAACACGCCUACGUAAACGUAAAAAAAAGUAAACAAGUUUAAUUAAGAUACAUACGUUUCGCAAGCUAACAACAAUCCUUGUUUUAAAAAUCGAAAUGAUUUUCUCCCACUUCGUAAGUGACGAUAACAGCAGUGAAGAAGAAACAACGGUAGAUCUGGCAAAACAGCGCCGACUGCUUCGAAGUGUUUUCGACCCGUUACAGCUUUCUAACCAAGCAUUUAAGAAAAAUUUUCGUGUAUCGAAGGAAAUUUUCCUUGACAUUCUGGCGGAGAUCGAGCCCAAGUUCCCACCGGUUAAGGGAAAGGGGCUUAAGCCAAAUGAAAUUUUGGCUGCUGCUCUGCGAUUUCUAGCUGAAGGCAGCUACCAAAAUGGAACAGGUAAUGAUUACAAAAUAACUAUUGCCCAACCUACUUUCUCGGUAGCCUUUGCAAAGUGCUUGAACGUAAUCGAAGAAACUCUUGGGAACAAAUGGAUCUCUUUAGCGAUGGAACCAAAUGAGCAACAAGAUGCACGACGAUACUUCUUCUCAAUUUCUGGUGAUGUGUGUUGAUGAAACACACAUAAAAAUUAUUGCACCAGUGGACGAUUACGAUUAGCAUUAUAACCGGAAGGACUAUUACAGCAUAAACGCGAUGAUUGUAAGUAAAGCUUUCAGUUUUUUUGUCUUAUGUUGUAAACUUCAAUAUUAUUUUUCUUCGUACCGGUAGAUUUGCGACCAUCUCAUGAAACUUCGGUAUGUGAAUGCCAAAUUCGGAGGAGUCAAUCACGAUUCACAUAUUUGGAAUGUAAGUGGAAUGGACAACUUUUUCGAAACAAAACAUCGAAGCGGAGAAACUGCAUUCAAGCUACUAGGUAAUACAUUAAACCAUCCUAUGGGUAUUUGUUUAUGUAAAUAAUCGUUUAAAUUCUCACUGGUGAUUCUGGAUACCCGUCAAAACCAUGGUUAAUAACACCAAAACGUAAUCCUACUCCAAACACAACAGAAGCUGCCUUUAAUAAAAACCAUUCUUUAGGUAGAGAAAUA